CUAGUCAUGGCCCUGUUCAAGAUCAUCCUCGUCUGCUGCGCUUUAGUGGCCGUCAUGGAGUGCGCCCUGCUUCCCGCAGCUGUUCCUGUGGGAGUUCCUCUCAACACCGAGGUGGAUCCGCAUCCGCAAUAUGCCUUUGCCUACAAUGUACAGGAUGCCCUCACGGGGGAUAGCAAGAGCCAGCAGGAGGUACGGGAUGGAGAUGUGGUCAAGGGCUCCUAUUCCGUGGUGGAUGCGGAUGGAUCCCUGAGAACUGUUUUCUACACCGCCGAUCCCAUUAACGGAUUCAAUGCGGUGGUGCAGCGUGGACCUGUGCCUGUGGCUGCAGCAGCUCCCAUUCCAGUGGCCCCACGUCCCCUGGUGGCCGCUGCACCUGCUCCUCUUUUUGGAUAG